UAGAUCUUUUAACAGCUUCAAACCACUCUAAUCUCUCUCCCUCUCUGUGUGGCACAAUCCCAAUCUGUCAAUCGAAGAGUCUGUCUAGAAAUAGAAAAAAGCACGAUCUUCUUUUCCCCUCACUUCUUGAUGGAGAAGGUGACGAGACUGGCCUCAGAGAAAGGGGUGGUGAUAUUCAGCAAGAGCACGUGCUGCCUGUGCUACACCGUGAGCAUCCUGUUCCGGGAUCUCGGCGUGCAGCCCGAGGUCCACGAGAUCGACCAGGACCCCGAGGGGCUGGAGAUGGAGAGGUACCUGGCCCGGCUCGGGUGCACCGGGCCCGUGCCAGCCGUCUUCAUCGGCGGGAACCUCGUGGGGUCCACCAACGAGGUCAUGUCCCUCCACCUAGGCGGGGCGCUCCUCCCCCUCCUGGCGCCGUACCAGGACCAUGCGGAUCAUGCUCUAUCCUGAAAUGAGUAAUCUAGGAUUUGAAUAUGGGCUGAUCAAGUUGUGGUAUAAGAUGGAUUAGUGGCUAGGGCUAGGGAAGAUUGAGGUCACUAGUGAGUGUGGGCAGUCUAUGUAGCUUCCUUGAAGUGGUGAGAAUGUACUUUUUAUGUAGUUUAUAGUUUAGCUUUUUUUGCAAGAAUGUAUGGAGUUUGGAGUUUCUCAUUCCUUCUUUCCCCCUUACUACUUGCAAAUUAGCCUUGUAAUUUUAAGUUGCCUACCCAGUGUGGAGAUCUUUCCA